CGUGUCGGCGUUGCGCUGCUCCAGGUAUUCACGUACGCAGGUGGGCUGCUGGUUGGAUUUUCAUAUUGCGUCAGACUCGCCAAGUCAAAAGCCCCCAACUUGCAGUUGUUUUUACUGCGGUCGCCGCUCCUGCGGUUUUCCGCCAUCCCGGGGCGCGAUGCCGUGGGCCGGCGAGGCGGCGACACGUUGUUUCGAGAAAUCGAUGCUGUGUAUAAAUGAUUCUUCUGAGGUGACUAAUAGAAAAGAUCAAAAGACAUUGAUCUUGGAGUUCUUGGAGUGGGAGGUCGGGCUUCUGUUCCACCAAUGGAGAUGCGUCGCCUUCUUGUCUUGUUUGCUCUCCUCUCCGUCACCGCCGUCGUCCCGGUAUUCUUCUGGCCCGACAAGAAGGGCAGUGCUAGUGACGUCAUCGUCGUCGCGGCGCCUCCGUUCAAUUCGUCCAACGUCACAGUUGUCUCCUGGAAACCAAGGAUAUUUCUUUACAAGGGCUUCCUUUCAGAUGAUGAAUGUGACCACCUUGUCAAGCUGGGGAAGGAGAAGAUGAAGAGAUCAAUGGUGGCCGACAAUGAAUCGGGAAAGAGUGUCAUGAGCGAGGUGCGCACCAGCUCCGGCAUGUUCUUGGACAAGAAACAGGACCCCGUCGUUAGCGGUAUUGAGAAGAGAAUUGCAGCUUGGACCCUGCUUCCAGAAGAGAAUGCUGAGAACAUUCAGAUACUCCGAUACGAGCACGGGCAAAAGUAUGAUCCUCAUUUUGAUUAUUUUCAUGACAAAGUCAAUCAACUGCAAGGCGGUCACCGUUAUGCAACGGUGUUGACAUAUCUAUCAACUGUUGAGAAAGGAGGUGAAACUAUCUUCCCAAAUGCUGAGGGAUGGGAGUCUCAAGUUAAAGAUGAUUCUUUUUCGGACUGCGCAAAAAAGGGCUUGGCAGUGAAAGCAGUGAAGGGUGAUUCUGUGCUGUUCUUUAAUCUUCAGGCUGAUGGCACACCAGACCCACUUAGUCUCCAUGGAAGCUGCCCGGUUAUAGAGGGCGAGAAAUGGUCUGCUCCAAAGUGGAUUCAUGUGCGGUCUUACGACAAUGCAUUGAAGCAAAGUGAAGAAUGUUCUGAUCUGAGUGAGAACUGCGCAGCCUGGGCUGCAUCUGGUGAAUGCGAUAACAAUGCGGUCUACAUGAUUGGCACAGAAGACUCACCAGGCCAGUGCCAAAAGAGCUGCAAUGCUUGCAGUUUAUAGAACAUUUCACAUUUGGUAGACUCACCCAGUCUAGUUGGUUUCAUUUGACAAAUUUGCAGAUGGUGAACUUAGAUGAUUUUACAGUUUUGUUGGUGAUUUUGGGUGAAUUUGUGUUCCAAACUACCAAUAGCCAUUAGUUGGAUAUAUUAUGUUAUUACUGCAAAUGCUGAAGCAGUGUUAUGUAAUUCACUGUUAUGCAGUUCAGAGUGUCAUGCUGGCAGGCAAGUAAGCAACGACCUGUUCCCUCCUUUA